CCAACUUUCAUCAUAGGCUAACACUCCAUACUGGUACCUGACUGCAAGCUGAGUCUCUAGUCCUCCCUCUUAGCACCAGAAUUGAUGCCUCUGGUGGCGUCUCAGUGAGAGAGACACCACCUUCGGCCCAUGGGGAUAUUCUGCAAGCUCCUACACUAGGAAAGAACAAUAUUCUAAAGGAGAUACCAUACAACUCGUAGGCUACAAACCCUUUACAUCUGUUCUGCUCCGAGGGUAUUUUCUUUGAGUGUUCUCCAGCCAGAGGUAACCAUGUCCAGGAGGAAGGUUAGGGGACUGACGCGAACGGGCCGGCAGGUGAGCGAGGACCCUGAUCUGGACAACCUGCUGUCCAACCUGUCCCCUGAGGAGAUGGAGGAGUUGGAGAAGGAGGUGUUGGUGAUCCCGGACCUGGAUCCCAACGAGGGAAUAGUCAUAGAACAGCCUGCCACUAACGCUGUCCGGGACCGGGAUGCUAAGCUGGACAGCCGAGAGCGUCCAGGGAAGCUCAGCCAAAGGGAACAGUCUAUUGAGGGAGAACCCAAGAAGGAGAGCCGGAAACAAGAGUACCUGAGGAAGAUGGGCCUGAGUCAGGAGGGGAAGGAAGGAGGAGGGAUCAGGAGGCAAUCAAGUAUCUCCACUGAACGAGAGAACAAGAUGGUGGAGAGAAAUAACAAAGGUCCGGACUGUACUAAAGAGGACAGAGCCAGCCUGUCUAGUAGAUACAGGAGAGAGGAGAGCAAACAAAAAGACGUGAAAGAGACCACUAGAGAAAGCUUCAAAAGAGUUGAGAGUAGCGACGCUGACGUGAAAGAUACAACUAGAGACAGAUUCGGGAGAGGGGAGAGUAGGGACAUUGUAGAGAAAGAGGAUGCCAAAGAAAGAGAGAAAAUUGAGGAUAGCAAGCUUAAGGAGAAAAGAGACAAUAGAUUGAGCACCAGUAAUAAGACAAAAGAAAUGAUCUCGAAGUUACAGGAGAAAAAGGAAAAAGAGGAGAUCAAGGAGAAAGAAAGAAAGGAGGAGAGUAGGAAAAGAGGUGAAAACAAGACAAGGGGACUUGUGUCAAAGUUGGUGGAAAAGCAAAGUCACGUUGAAGAGAGUAAACCAGAAGAUAAGAAAGCCAGAGUGGAAGAGAAGGACAAGCCCAAUAAAGACAAGUUUGACUUGAAACUUGAGCGUCAAAAGUUGCCAAAAGAGGAGGAGAGCGGAAGUGAGAAGCAAGUGGAGAAGGAAGAUCCUAAGGUGAAAGUGAAAGAAGAUGGUAAGGAUAAUGAGAAAGACAUGGUGUUAAAACGCAAGGACAGUAUGAAAGCGAAAGAUAGGAGUAUCACAGAUAAGGAAACAGAAGAGAAACAGGGAAAAGAUUUGAAUGAAGGACUAAAAUCCAUCAAGGGUGAUGAACAACGUGGGAACUCUGUGGCGAACAAGAGCACACCUAGCAAUCCCAAAGUAGAGGAGGAAGAAGACGAGGACUCCAGCAUGUUCGAUGACCUCAUGGAGCAGGUUCGCAGCAACGACCCCACCAUGACCGAGCUCAACGUCAACAACUCUGAGGUCAUCAAGGCUAAAACACUCAUCCAGUUUGCAGAGGCCUUGAAUAAAAACACCCACAUUAAGACAUUCGCCUUGGCCAACUGCCGUGCUGACGACCACGUGGCCUAUGCCAUCGCGGGCACCUUGCGCAGCAACACGUCUAUCACAAGCAUCAACCUGGACUCAAACCUUCUCACCCCCAAGGGUAUAAUGGCCCUGAUCCAGGCCUUGCAGAAAAACACUACACUCACCGAGCUGCGCUUCCACAACCAGAGGCACAUCUGUGGGGGAAAGACAGAAAUGGAAAUGACCAAGAUAUUGAAAGACAACACCACCCUCCUGAAGCUGGGCUAUGGCUUUGAGCUUGCCGGCCCACGCAUGACCAUGACCAACAUCCUGAGCCGCAACAUGGACAAGCAGCGACAGCGGCGCCUACAGGAGCAGAAGCUGGCCCAGGCCAAUGGUGAGAAGAAAGGGGCACUAGAGGUCCCCAAAACUGCUGGAGGAUUCCUCCGGGGUUCCCCCAAGGCUUCCCCUAAACCCUCCCCACAUCCCUCACCAAUGGCCUCGCCAAAGUUGACUCCUAAAAAAGGACCAGGAGUGGGACCUCCUCCACCCCCUCCUCCUGGAGGACCACCCCCACCUCCACCCCCCAUGCUGGACAUAGACUCCCUACGCAACUCCCUGACGCCUGCAUCACAGAGGAAGAUGGAUGAUAAGGCCAACAAAACCGGUGUUAACUCCAGGGACCAACUGCUGGACUCCAUUAGGAAUGCCAAUAUGAAGAAACUGAAGAAGGUUGCGGUACCAAAGCUGUUGCAGUAGUCCUCUGGAAUCGAGACCAUAACCGAAGAAAUAGGAACCACACAGGUGGUCUUGAACGUGGAUCAAAACUCCUACACAUCCCAUGCAUAGACAGACACACAGUCUGACCACUGUGCUGCGAGGUUGAUAAGGCAGGCAAGCAGAGAAUGAACAGAUGAUUUCUAUUGGAUGCACGGCUUCCACUGUGCCGUGAGUUCUCUCCUUAAGCUAUACACUGGACUGCAGGGACCCUGUGGAGCGAGUUUUUCAGCAGGACGUGCCCUGAGGUCCUAUAUGUCUGCCUUUGUCUGUGUUGAUACUUUGCCUGUUAUUUGCACUAGAUUAUGAAGUCGUUCAUAUGGUAUGUUGACAAGCAUAUGUGGCAUGAUGUGUACAGUAUAAUGUGUGGGCGUGGUAACUGAUAAGCAGGUCAAACAGUUUUCUGUAAAUUCUAUACAAAUCUACUUUAACAUUCAUUGAAAAAUUGGACUGUAAUUUGACAGUUUAUUUAUUUGUGGAGGGAAUCACCUCGUGGCUUGUGACAUAGAAUUUUGACAAAACUGCUGAUUCUCCAUGGUAUAUUAUCAGGGAAUUAAAAUGGGGUUAGACUUCGAAAAUUCACAGGGGGAGGAGAGAAGGUGGUUUGUAAUGUGUGUCAUUGCCAAAUCUCAAGACUGACAUCUCAGGCAAAGUUUUCACAUAAAAAGCAACCUAUAAUCCCAGUCUUCUUUGAACGAUUCAGUAAGGAAGUUCAGUCUUAUUUGGAUGUAAGUAUGGUCGCCCUUUUAGUAAUAACAACGUUAUGUAUAAAGUUAUUUUCAUACAUUUUGCUUAAAGUGCAAAAAAUUAUAAUUCUAACAGAAGAAAAAAAACGACACUGUCAAAAGCAAAGAGAACAAAUCACAGAAUACUAUUUACAGCAACAACAAUGCAAAUAUAUUCUAGGCUGGGCGUCUUACGAUUAAGGAUGUCAAAACAGUUUAUUUUAUUAACAUGUCAGAGCAGCCUUGUUGAGCUAUGCAAUACUAGCUCCUGAGUGGUGCAGCGGUCUAAGGCACUGCAUCUCAGUGCUAGAGGUGUCACUACAGACCCUGGUUCGAUCCUGGGCUGUAUCACAACCGGCUGUGAUCGGGAGUCCCAUAGGGCGGCGCACAAGUGGCCCAGCGUCGUCCGGGUUAGGGGAGGGUUUGGCUGGGGUAUUCUGUCAUUGUAAAUAAGAAUGUGUUCUUAACUGACUUGCCUGGUUAAAUAGAAUACAAAAUAAUAAUACAUUUUAAAAAAUAAUAAUAAUUGGAUGUGUUGUUGUACAGAGUGUCUCACUGCUCUAAAAGUGACUAUUGACUAUUUGUAUGCAUAAUGUGGUUUCUCUGUCAUAUUAGACUUCACUAACUUUACUUACAGAGCUUGUAUACCUUUAAUAAAAAGUACUGAUAUGUUUGCAAUUGAAAGUGUAAUAUAAUAAACUUUAUUUUAACAACUUUGCAAUGAAGUACAAAAAGAAUAAAGGUAAAAAUACAUUGUCUAAUAAUAAGAUACAGGAUGAGGUAAUAUCUGUCCAUUAUUUGAUAGUACAGUACUGAUACAAAGAAAAUGCUAGGGAUACGUUUACUGUAUUUUGUUUUAAUGUUAAACAUCUAUUAAAAAAAUAUUUUCCUUUCAGGGGGACAUUCCCAUUUUUUAAUCUUAAUACAAUUUCUUCUGCUUGAGAAGUAUUCAGUAGGCUAUGUCUGUCUAUUGCUUGGUUGACAGAAUCAGGAAUAAUGUCCAGCAUCUAUAUAAGAUAUGUUGUCUUGGUAGAGCCCUGUAACCUGCAAUGAUAUCGAAGCUUUGUGACCGAAUGGACCAUUCUGUGUGCCAUGCCGAGUAUACAAUGUCAAAUGGAUCCUAAUAAAAUGUUUGUGUACACACA